AGGGAGAAACAUCGAUCUAUCCUGCUGAACAGAGAGCAUGCGCAGUUAGACCACAGCUUCUUCCCGUUUUGUUUGGUUGCUAUCGCGUUUGGCUUGAAGAAAAUGGAUUCGGUGGAAAAACAUUUUUAAAUAAAAAAGGAAUUAUGGAUACAGCACAAAAUAAUGGCAUUGAAUUUCCUUUGCAGUUACAGGAAUUGCUGCCAUGUGGUUAUUCCUACAAAUUAAAGAAGUGGACUCCAUUUGAAAAUAAGCCAAAUCAUUUUGAAGCUGUAAUACUUACAAAUGUAUAUACAGAAGAGGAAGCACAAGAAUGGUGGCAUGAAUUUAAUAUAAAAUCCAAUACCACUAUGAGAGUUAGAGCCACCUGUCCCAAAACUGGGAAGGUGAAUACCUUCAAAAUUUACUUGCGCUGUCUUCAUCAAGGUAGGGCUGAAAAAUCAGAUAAGUCAGACUUCCCGAAAAAAUCUAAGACAGUAACUCCAAUAAAAAGAAACACUAAUUGUCCUGCAGGUAUGAUUGUUGCCAUAAGACGCCACAUUAAAUACUCUCGAAGUAAAAUGAGGGAUCCUGUCGACCCUGUACACCCAUGCGAAAUUCAAAUUCGUUUUGUGCACAAUCAUCCUACAAAUAGUGCUGAUUCUUUAAGAUUUAGACCUGUGUCUAAAGAGGCAGAAGAAAGACUACUUAGUCUGUACCAAAUAGGGCAUUCUCCAGCAUCUGCAUUAGAAAUGCUGAAAAUUGAUUUGCAGAUUAAAUAUGGAUCAUCUUAUUCUCAAAUCAUUUCGGAUCGAUAUCACUGCCCAGAUAAAUCAUUUUGCUACAGAUUAUACUACAAGCAUUUCGGCAAAGAUUAUGCAGCUUCUUCAAAAAAAGAUGUCAUUAAUCUUUUGAAUUCUAAAAUUCAGGAUUAUAAUUCUGACAUGGGUCAGGUUUGCUUAUGUAUGGGUGCAUCAGGGACAGAUUAUGCUGUUGCUCUCUGUACACCAUUGAUGAAAAGGGCCCAUGCGUUGCUUCAAUCUGGAACCACAGUUUAUAUUGAAACAUGCGAGUCUCCUGGUAACAAAGAACGUACUGAGCAUUAUAUAUUGUUGAUGGUUGCACACACUGCAGCAGGAGGCAUACCGCUUGGAGCUAUCCUAUGCACCAAUAACAAUGCAGCAAUUCUUACUCUUGGUUUCCAGCUAUUAAAACAAUUAUUACCUGAACAUGCAUUUUUCUGUAGAAGUGAAACUGGCCCAUAUGCAUUUAUGAUUGGAGACUUUGAAAGUCAACAAGCAGCUCUACUUAAUGUGUGGCCUGAAUCUGACAUAGUAAUUUGUGUAUUUAGAAUGUUACAGUGUAUGUGGAGGUGGCUAUGGGAUGAAAAACACAAUAUUCUGAGAGAUCAUCGACUGUAUCUGCUGUAUCUUGUAAAAACUCUUUUGUUUGCUUCAAGUGAAUCUGAAAUAGGGGAAAAGUAUCAAUCAUUGUGUGCAGAUAAUAUAAGCAUUCUUUAUCCUGCAUAUCUACAACAAGCUAACUGCUUGUGGGAAAAAAGGCACAUGUGGGGCAUUUGCUUCCAUAGACUUCUGCCACUUCUAGGAGCUAAUAACUAUUAUGAAGCAGCUGUCAGAGCAUUAAAGGAUAAAGUUUUUGAGCAAACUAAAGCUUUUAAUACUAUUCAGCUUUUAAAUUACAUAGUUACUUGCUUAGAUUCAUAUUACAGGAUUAAACUUUUAGACAUACUUCACAAUAAGGUGACUCAUGUUUUCCGUUCUCACUAUCCAGAUGGUAUUCCAACUCAUGUUGAUAAUGAAAUUAAACAAGUUGCAGGUAAUUAUUUCCUUGUUCCAAGUGAGCAAGGAGAUGGGAAAAUACAUACUGUUGAUGUGGAAUUAAAUACAUGUUCUUGUUCUUUGGGUAUGUCUGGAGCACUCUGCAUUCACCAAUAUUGGGUAUUUCAGAAAAUUCCGAUGGAAAUGUUCAAAGUUGGUAGUAUUGAUGAUGAAUUACAACAAAAACUUUUUGUUGUUGCAACAGGAUCCUCUUUUAUUGAAACUGCUGAAUUUCCUGCAGAAGUUUCUCAGUCUGUUUUGCCUGGAAUUAUAUCAAGUGAUACUAGUUCUGGUGUUCAUGCUGAAAGUAAUGCUGUUUCAAAUGUAGAAUGUAUUUUUACUGAAACUAAUUCUUCACAUUCUAUUGAGAGUAGUUCUACAUCAAAUGUUUUAGUAUCUCUUGAAAAUAGUCAUGAGCUUGUUACAUUACCUUCAGUUGCCACUCAAGUCUCCUCCAAUGUAUUUAUAAACCCAUCAACAUGCAUCAUUGAAGUUUCUACAAAUGAGACUAUUGAUUCUUCUGCUGAAAUGAGAUCAAAUAAAAAUAUGAAAAACACAGAUGCUGAAAGGAUUUUAUCCUCUCCUCUUCACACAACAUCUGGAGAUGUAACAGAACUUAAAGUACUAGAAGAUAGCUCUGAUAUAGACAAAAGAAUGAAUAAAGUUCUGGAAAAAUUUGAAGAUUUCUGCCAGCGAAUUAAAGAAGGCCUUAGAAGUAACCCUAAAGAUUUCCUACCUGCUUUGGAAAUAAUGAUGAAAACUCUUGAGAGAAAAGGCAACUCAAAUGAUCUACUUAUCUCUGGUUUGAGCUUCUUUGGUGUUCUUUCUGCUCCUUCUCUAGUUCAUAAGGGCAGAAGAAGAAGUAACACUUCUAAAGUAGCGCAUACCGAAGAAAUUAUUCCUAAAGUUCAUGGUCGUCAAAUGAUAACUUAUGGUAAGAAAAGAUCAUUUAUAUGUAAUGGAGAGGAAAGAAUGACUUCUGCAUCUAGUGAAUCUUUCAAAGAAAGUACUAUUCUUCAAAAUGAAACAUCUUUUGAACUUUUGAAAACUAGCUAACUAUACUUUAUAUAUAACACUUACAUAUUAUCUGUCAUAGUUUACCAUUUGGAUAAGCUUUGACAGCAUGAAAAAAACUUGGAUAUCAAAUUUUUAUUAAAUUGACAAAAAAAAACUUUUUUUUGUAUAAAGUCACAUUUAAAUUUCUAAAAAAAAUUUGUAAAUCACUAAAAU